CGUCCGGCACGAACGAAUUCGUUAUAGAUAAAUUUCUAUAUUCUUAGAAUUUAUAAAAAAAGUGUGUUUUUCAUAAUGUUUUUCGACAAAGUGGUAAAGUCUUUAAAUUUUGCAGGUUCAAUAAUAAAAGUGUAUUGAUCAAAGUAACAUUAUAAAGUGAAGAGAAGAAAAAUCAAAUUUAUUAGUGGCAAGAGUUAACGUGUUUUCGGGAUAAUGACUACUAAAAAGUGGUUCUUGAUUUUAGCUGUAAUAGUGGCUGUAGCACAAGAGAUUCAAACAGCUUGUGUUUGCAAUGAAAAAGGUACAGAUGCCUGUGCGGCAUGUUCUGAGAUACAGGUUGUAAGACCUAAACCAAAACCUCCCAAAUCAGAUUUAGGAUUACCACCCAUUGGAGAUAACUGUUGGUGCAGUAAAAUGAUGAUACAGCCGGCUUCAUUGCCAAAACCCUGUCCCAAAUACAAAAAACCUCCACCACCCUGUGGCUGUCCAGCCGCCAAACCCUAUAAAGCCUUACCAUCUAUAUUUGCGGCUCCCACUUCUUACAUGGUACCUCAAUAUGUGCCCUCUUUAGUUAAGGAUGAUUCUCCACCUGCCGAUCCUAUUAGCAUAAGUUUAGCCAUACAGGCUGGCAAAGCCAUUGAAGUUCCCGAAGCCAAAUUGGCUUAUGGUUUUGUUCAGAAACCCAUUGAUGGUUUACCUAAACUGUUUAUUUCCUCUAUUAAAGAGGAAAAUCUUUACGCCUUGAAAAGUGAUGUAAUAACAUUGAAAAAACCUUUAGCACCAAAAAUGAAACCCUUAGAAGAUGAUUAUCCAGAACCGGAAGAGGAAGAGCCAGCCCCAGAAGAAUAUGAACCACCCACGUUGACUUAUAAGCAACUGGGUUAUGAGGCGGAACAAUUUAAAAAUCCUGAAUUUCAAGAAGUUCCCUCCGCUAUGCCAUUUCCACCACCCGGUGCUCCCGCUGCCAUACCGGGGAAAAUUGCAGUGGAUUGUGGUUUUAGGCCAGGACGUAUAGCGAAAUAUUGUUUGUAGUUAUUUAAAGAAUAAUUUUUUAACUUACUAAAUGUAGUUUUAUACAUUUUAUUAUGUAUUUUUUUCUGCGAUUUGUUGUUACAAGAAAAACUUUUCGAAUUUUAAAAUUAUUUAAAAAUUUUUAGUAUUUAAGAUGAGUUUAAGAUAAGUUUUGUAUUAAUAGUAAUACGAUUUUUAUACUGAAUUAUUUAAAAUACGAAUUUUUUUAUUAUAUACUUCGAGCUACAUUUUCAAGUAAAGAAUUAUAAACUAA